AUGGAGAAGCCGAGCAACGAGAUGAUGACCCAUGAUUUCAUGAACGUAGAGUCUUUCUCCGAGCUCCCAAUCAUUGGCCGGACCCAAGAACUGUACAAGGAGAGGCCAAUUCGUCUCUUCGGUAUCGAAUUCGCAACUUCUCAAGACCAAGAAUCAAAGCUUAAACUCGACAACGAGGAGGAGGAGGAGCAUUACCAAAGCAUUGUUAAUAUCAAUAGCAACACUACUACUACUACUACUUCUACCAAUACUAGUGCUAACAGUAACAGCAGCAGAAGAUUCGAAUGCCACUACUGUUGCAGGAACUUCCCCACUUCACAAGCCCUAGGAGGUCACCAAAACGCCCACAAGAGAGAACGCCAGCUAGCCAAACGCUUUCACCUCCUCUCAACCGCAAACGCAAACGCAAACGCAGCGUUAGGCUACCGCUACGGGUUCCCAACUUCCUCAAGCACUUCUUCUUAUCCUUGGGCUAAUUCUUCCAGGGUUUUCGGAAGCAACCACUUCGGCGGCGUCGACGGAGCUUACAACUCUCCGGCCAACGGCUCUCGAUUAGGGUUAUGGAGACGCUAUGAUACAUCUUCAUCAACUUUUAAUCGUGACCGUUCAUCUAACAAGAACCAAUCUCUGCGGUUUACGCCAUCGGCAUGCGUUGUCGGUGGUGAUUCGGGCACGCGAAGCAUGUUGUACGAACCCAAGACAAGUGUACAAGACCAUCUGAGUUUGGAUCUUCAUCUUUAG